AAAAUCUUAAGUUCCUCUACUGUAUUUAUUUAUUAAUUCCUAAGGAAUAAAUUAAAAUUUGUAUAUUUGGCCUCUAUUUGAUACAUAGCUAUGGUGAGUCGUUUCUUGGUAAGAUCCUUCCGUGGAUUAAAGAAGGAAGAGUGUAACGAGGGUCUUCGAAAGAAGAUGGAACAUAAUGAAAAGUUACGUGAACUCCAAGCUAAAAAAACAAAACGUCUAACAGAAGUAAAGAAGAAAAGAGUAGCAGGAGCUAAAAAACGUGCUUUAAAGUAUGCUAAGGAGUACGUUGAUAGAAAAAGAGAGUUGGUUGAGCUGAGACGUAAGGCUAAGUCAGAAGGAAGUUUUUAUAAGGAACCUGACUCAAAAGUUGCUUUUGUUGUAAGGAUUAAGGGUAUUAACAAGUUGACACCGAAGCCUAAGCUUACCCUGAGACUUUUCAGACUACUUCAACUCCACAACGGCGUGUUCGUAAAGCUCAAUAAGGCUACUGUUGAGAUGCUUAAAUUGGUAAACCCCUAUGUGACAUAUGGAUACCCAUCGUUAUCCACAGUUAGAAAGCUUCUGUACAAGAGAGGUUAUGCCAAGGUUGGUAAACCAGGAGCUAGGCAAAGAGUUAGGUUAAAUAGCGAUGAUCUGAUCAGCAAGCACCUGGGAAAGUACGGCGUACACUCAAUGGAAGAUUUAGUACAUGAAGUGUACACCUGUGGUCCUCACUUCAAGCAAGUCACAAACUUUUUGUGGCCCUUCAAGCUUAAUCCACCAAGAAAGGGUUUCGUAGCUAAAAGGCAUGGAUUCUCAGAAGCUAGAGGAGGUGACGCCGGUAACCGUGAGGAAUUGAUAAACAAACUCUUGGCUAGAAUGGUCUAAACCUUUUAAUUUAUUCACUUUUA